CGAAAAAGGCGAAACGAGCUGCCAUCCCUGGACAAAAAAUUGACUAUCGACCCAAAAAUACCACAACAAAAACAAUUGUAAUUCUUGUUUUCCGACAAUUAAUUUGUGUGCCGCAAACAUGUCGCUAACAAUGCGAAUUUUCACAGUCUCGCGCAAUGGUCAGCGGAUGUUUGGCACUAACGGCGCACGUAUGCUGUCUGCCAAUAGAGCCGAGCCUAAAGACAUCGUUUGUGUGCCCAAGGGCUAUGUUUAUGUUAACAAUAAAGAGCUGAGUAUGGAAAUGGAGGAUAUCACAGAUCGUGCUGCUACCACAAUGUUCUUUGGUGAGCUCUUUCGUGGAUUUGCCGUCACACUGGCGCACAUCUUCAAGGAGCCGGCCACAAUUAAUUACCCAUUCGAGAAAGGACCGCUGAGUCCACGGUUCCGUGGUGAGCAUGCCCUCCGCCGUUAUCCAAGCGGUGAGGAGCGUUGCAUUGCGUGCAAGCUUUGCGAAGCUAUUUGCCCCGCUCAGGCAAUUACUAUUGAGGCAGAGGAACGCGCCGAUGGCAGCAGGCGCACCACGCGGUACGAUAUUGACAUGACCAAAUGCAUCUAUUGCGGUUUUUGUCAGGAGGCCUGUCCAGUCGAUGCGAUUGUUGAGGGCCCCAAUUUUGAAUUCUCGACAGAGACGCACGAAGAAUUGCUCUACAACAAGGAGAAGCUCUUGUGCAAUGGCGACAAAUGGGAAUCGGAGAUAGCAUCCAAUCUGCAGGCCGAUCAUCUGUACCGUUAACUCUUAUUGUACAUAUUAGAAUUUUUGCUUAGAAAUGUUUUUCCAAUUAAAGAUCGUCGUUGACCGGGCAACACUUACAACGUAAA